ACUAGUAGAAAAUGUUGUUCAGUAUUUCUCAAUCCCGUUCUUUAUUUAACGGCGAUCGAUUAACGCCGUCGAGAUACUUCACCGGAGCUCCGGCUAAAUUCUCCUCUCUCCCGCUCUCAGGCAAGAAGUCAUAUUCUCCUAGAAUAAGAAGGUUUCAAGAACUCCAAAACUCUUUGGAAGCAAGAAGAAACCCACCUCUAAUAUGUGGAAGAGUAUCUCCUCGUCUUCCUGUUCCUGAUCACGUACCAAAACCUCCAUAUCUCGAGUCUAGCGAGUUACCAAAGAUAUCAAGUGAAUAUCAGAUUCCUGACUCCAAAGGCAUUGUGAAAAUGAAAGCAGCGUGUGAGCUUGCUGCUCGUGUAUUAGAAUAUGCAGGAACUUUGGUUAGACCAUCUGUUACAACUGAUGAAAUCGAUAAGGCGGUGCAUCAGAUGAUAAUUGAGUCUAAGGCUUAUCCUUCACCUCUCGGAUAUGGAGGAUUCCCUAAGAGUGUUUGUACUUCAGUUAAUGAAUGCAUGUUUCAUGGGAUUCCGGAUUCUCGUCAGCUACAGAAUGGUGAUAUAAUAAACAUCGAUGUUGCAGUUUACUUGGAUGGAUAUCAUGGAGAUACUUCAAAGACUUUCUUGUGUGGAGAGGUCAAUGAAAGCCUUGUACAACUUGUCAAGGUCACAGAAGAAUGCUUGGAGAAAGGUGUAUCGGUUUGUAAAGAUGGAGCAAGCUUUAGACAAAUUGGAAACAUAAUGAGUGAGCAUGCUGAGAAGUAUAGCUAUAAUAUGGAGCGCUUUAUAGGGCAUGGUGUAGGAACGGUAUUACACUCGGAACCUCUUAUAUAUCUUCAUCAAAACUAUGAUUACGAACUUGAAUAUAUGAUUGAGGGUCAAACUUUUACGCUUGAACCGAUUCUCACUGUUGGAACUACAGAGUUUGUAACAUGGCCAGACAAAUGGACAAUUUUGACAGCUGAUGGUGGUCCUGCCGCACAGUUUGAGCAUACAAUUCUUAUCACCACAACUGGUGCAGAAAUUCUCACGACGUCAUGAAAUAUAUUGUUCACAACGUUCAACAAUUUAUAUCACUGAUCAUUCAUGUCUCUGUGUCGAAAAAGGUUAAGUUAAGUAGUUAACUUAACCAUUCAAGCUUAAGGCAAGCUUCUUGUUAACAAUGGCGAAAAGAAAAGUGUGAUUAUAAUAAGCUUCAUGGCUAUAAA